AUGGGUACUUCCAAUUGUGAAUCAAGGCAGACCGAAUCAUGGCCAAAAGCCCAAUGUGAACCCGACCCAGAAGACGUUCCCAAGAAUCUGCUUGUGCUGCGCUGCGCCCGAACAAAAGGGGGCUCGGACAGGGAGUCAAGCAGAGGGUGCGAAGGGUCCCAUCUGGUCUGGUUAGCCUCUUGUCAUGGACGCUGCGGUCGUGACACCCCCAGGGGAGCCUGUUCCAGAAGGCGGGACGGUGGCCAAGAAGGCCUCAAAAAAACCAAAAUAUACCAAUGGGUCAUCUUUUCCUUCUUCAUCGUGGGCGUUGUCUUCAUCCCCAUUGGCGCGGCCGCCCUGGUCGCCUCCAGAGGAGUCGUGGAGAUUGUUCAGCGGUAUGACGAUGCAUGCUUAUCAACGCUGUUGAACAACACCGCUAAAGAAGCAUAUGUCCAGGACGUCAACACAAACAAGGCUUGCAGCCUGACUAUUACGGUCAACAAGGACAUGGACGCCCCAGUGUAUGUUUACUACGAGCUGGAUAACUUCUAUCAGAACCACAGAAGGUACGUGAAGAGCCGCAGCGACACGCAGCUGCGCGGGGACAACCCGAGCCAGUCGUCCAUUGACUCGUCGUGCAAGCCCGAGGCGUUCCUGCGCGGAAACACGAGCUUCGAGAUCAACCCGUGCGGCCUCAUUGCGUGGAGCUACUUCAACGACACAUACGCUAUGGCGGUGAAUGGGGCUAACGUGCCCAUUACCCAGACCGGCAUUGCUUGGAAGAGCGACCGGGAAGACAAGUUUGGCGCCUAUCAGCCCCAGAAUUUCAACACUGUCCCAGAGCUCCGGGGAGGCGCCCCAAUUGGAGGCGUCGAUAACUCCACCAACAUUGUGAACCAGGAUGAGCACUUCAUCGUGUGGAUGCGGGUGGCGGCGCUGCCCCACUUCCGCAAGCUUUGGGGCAAGAUCGGGCAGUCCCUCAAGAAGGGUGACGUCAUUACCGUCGACCUGCAGAAUCUGUACAACACCUACAGCUUCGACGGUCAGAAGAAGCUGGUGCUGAGCACCACGUCGUGGCUGGGCGGCAAGAACGACUUCCUCGGGAUUGCGUACCUGACCGUGGGCAGCUUGAGCUUCUUCUUGUGCGUCGUCUUCCUGCUGGUGCACCUCAAAAACCCGCGGGACUUGGGCGACACGCGCUACCUGUCCUGGAAUAGGAAGAACUUGGGGCAGGCGUCGGUCCGGAAUUGACAAGGCAACAGCCGCUUUCCAGAUUGAGUAAGGGGUCCUGCCCUUACCCUUCAAAGAUUUUCUAUUGUAUCUUAAUGGUUACAUCUAUCGUAUAUUCUGAUUUGUGUGCGGCGGGCCUUUGUCCGAUUUAACCAGCUGCCUCACAUUCAGCUCAUUAUUGGGCUGCCUGUACCGUACGGUACUUGUUGAACCGGCUCGUCAACUGCAUCUCAAGCGCGAUCUGAGCGACUGCUGCGCCUGGCA